AUGCCUCCCAAAGUUGCUUUCUUGAUGGCCAAUUACGGGCACGAUCCAACAGAAACUGCAGUGCCAUAUGCAGAAUUUAAGAAAGCCGGCUUCGAGAUCGAUUUCGUCACCGAAAAGGGGAACAUGCCCGAAUGUGAUAGUAAGAUGCUGGAGGGUAUGACACAAAAACUACUCGGUGCUACGCAAGAGGCAAUUGAUUUGUAUAAAACCAUGAAAGAGGACAUGAAGAAUAUGAGAGCUCUUGCAUGGGCUGAUGAGGGUUUUACCCUCAACCCUUAUGACCUUGUUUUCCUGCCAGGCGGACACGAAAAGGGUGUUGUCCAAGUGAUCAACUCGCCCGUGACCCAUAAACUUAUGGUGGACUAUUUCCCUCAAACGCGGAAGCCUUCGAAGAAGAAUGUUGCAGCGAUAUGCCACGGCGUGAUGGUACUUUCAGAGUCAUCUUUCCCGAACGGCAAGAGCGUUCUGCACGAUGCCACCACCACGGCGCUACCUGGCUUCAUGGAGCAGUCGAUCUUCUGGGGGACUAGGCUCUUCCUUGGAGAUUACUACAAAACCUAUGGAGCUGGGUCAGAAAGUGUACAGGCUAGUGUGGAAAAACGGCUCGACGAUCCCAAGAAACAGUACUUCAACAGUCUCUCGUCCACUCCCUUUGUACGCGAGGACGAGAAUUACAAUUACAUUAGUGGACGCUUUCCACCAGACGCUAAGCUGUUGGCUGAGAAGACGAUUGCCCUUGUAAAUCAGACUGUUGCUUGA